CGACCGUUGCCCCGGGCGACGGCGAGAAGAUGGCGACGGCCCCAGUGUUGGGGUCGGAUCCGGGGGCUCUGAGCGCGGAGCAGCAACAGGAGCUGAGGAACUUCAAGAUCAGCACACGGAUCGCCAACGAGCGCUACCUACGGACUCACCGGGACGUGGCGCUGCUCAUCGGCGGCUUCCUCAGGGCCAUCCUGCUGAAGAGGCCAGAAAACGUCCCGGAGUUUGCCGCAGACUACUUCACGGACCCCGAGCUCCCCGGGCGGCUGCAGGCCCAGCUGGCCCUGAGAGAGGGACGGGCCCAGUAGGGGACACGACAGCGUCCCGGCCCGGAAGACCGACGUCCCCUCCCCGGUGGGGACAGAGCGCCGUUUAUUGGGGGCUGGGCUGGGCGGGCGCAGGAGGGGAGGGGGACGGAGAGGCCGGGCCCUCCAGCAGGGCCUGCUGCCGGGCCAGCCACUGCUUGCGCCUCUUGGUCUUGGGCCGCUCAAAGUUCACCACGGACAUGGGCACCCGGACGGUGUCGAGGCCAUUCACCUGCGGGCCGGACGGCACCGAGACACGUGGGAGGGGGUCCCCGGCCGUCCCCCUCCCCAGCCUCGCCCCGCGGCUACCCGGGGUACUGACCGUCACUUCGCACCAGUACUCGCCCCAGCGCGUGAUCUUCUCCUCUGGAAGGCGAAGCGUGUGCGGCGCCACCACCACGCCGAGCUGCGAGGGGGCCGAGUCGGUGGUCGUGGGGGGGGACCCCACCCGCGCCCCUCCCCGGGACCCCUCCGCACCCCCCGGAGCUCACGUUCUUGAAGAAUUGGCGGCAGACGAUCUCGGGACUCAGCUCCCACACCACGUUGUUCUUCAUGCCCACCUCGAGGCGGGCGCUCUUCAGAAAUUUCACCGUCUGUAGGGGCAUGGUGGGGGGGGCGUGAGACCGUCUGCUCCCCCCACCCACCCCGCUCAAGAAAACCAUUCGAAACCUC